UAAUAAAAAACCACAGAAACUGAAAAAAUUAAGGGGUCAUGUUUUGUUUUAAGGAUGCCUAGGGCCCUGUGCUGAAAUUUUUCAUGCAGUUACAUUUCGUCGGCUAUACAGGUUGUGAAAAGCCGCAGUAGUUUAAAACAAAUGAGACGUUCGACAAAAAAUAUACCUGUUAUUUGCUUUAAACAAUGACUAAUUUGUGUAAUGUGGUCAAAUGAAACACGUCACUGUUAAUCAAGAAGGACUCAUAAACUUUUGACAAAAACCGGUAAAAUAAUACCGAUUAAUGCCAAGAUUAAUGCGGCUCUAGUACUAGUAACAAAAAACCUAAGACCAAGUAUACAAGGUCUUUGCAAAAAACAAAAGUUGUCUAUGACUUUUGGCUUUUUGGUUGGCUUUUUGGCGGGAAUGGGAACGGGACAGUUGCUUUCUUCAUUGAAUAAUCUAAAUAAUUAAUAUAAAGUGGCGUUAUCGCCGCCCAUAAAGUGACCUAAGAAGCUAGUAAAUAGCUUAAUCGCGACGACAGAACAGUUAUGAUAACAAUUAUGCACUUACUAGACUUUCACGUUGAUUAUGAUUAUCUUCAUUCAUUCAUCUGUUCCCAGUUCAGCCAGGUUAACAUAGAUUCUGUUUCGCUUAUCGGUCUGAUAUCGUUACCUGUUAACAUAAAUUAUAAUAUGAUUCCUUUUGCAUGGAAUCACCAAGUACCUCUAUCUAUCUUGAGAAAUGCAAUAAUUAUAAGUUACUUUGCCUAUCUUGCAAUUCGUGGUCACCACAUAGCGUGGUAUGUCUAACACAAUGUAGAUUGGCUUCGGGCCACACCCACUCCACCUAAUAUAUCGAUAUCGGCGGACAAUGCCAUGACCCGGUCGAACAGAAACCGCAAUGGAGUCCAUAUUGAACAAGUUACAAUAGAUCCAAAGGCUCACCUGUAUAACACCAACACCACAUGUGAGAUACAAGCUGGCUGUAUACCACGUUACAGCCUGAGACAGUCAUCUUCCCCGGGGGAAACCCAAUGAUGAACAUUGGGUGAACCACAUUUAUAAUAAGCAUUGCAAAUAAGUCCUGCAUACAUGCACCGACAGAUCCAGUACCUCCAGUGUAUGUCUCUUAGACAAAGUAACAUCUAGGGAUAUAGCACCAAUAAGAACCAUGGAGUAAUAAACUACUAAGGUACUUAGCUUUCAACAGAUAUCUGGGCUCCCUCUUUCAACACAUAUUAAGUUCACAUCUCAAAAUUAUACCUUCACGUGGGAAUUUUGAACUUGUGAAAGAUAGUUAGGUAACCAUAGCAACUAACCACACCGAUAUCAGAGACAACUUACCAUAGACUAAUCAGUAUUGCUAUAUUACAAAUGUACAUCUCGCGGUAACGCCGCGACAGGCGUUUUGUGGUUUAUAAUUGCAUUAACUUAAGUGGGAAAACAUGCGCGAUAAUAGAGUAUACGAAAUAGAGUUUACCCAUCUAUUUUCGCCUCAUGCCAACAAGCCGCUUCAUAACUCAAAAGUUUAUGCGGACUUUCGAUUUAAUUUGUUUGGGGUUCAGAAUAGGAGUCUGCUCCGAGGGUGGGUGUUAGGUUUCAUCAUUCAUCGUCAUCACCUUUCAUCGUUUCAUUAAUCGUCUUAAAAAAAAUACAUCAGACAUGGCUGUAUGGGCAUAGUUCCCUUUGCCUUGCCCUUCGGGGAAAACCAAAACAAAAGAAAUGUCUAUGACUUUUUGUAAACAAAUGUGUUUAGCUUGUGUGCCUCGUGUUUAUAAAUUAUUUACCUAUUCAUUUUUAUUGCUAUAACAUGAUAUAUAGAGUGUAAAGGUUUAGAAAAUAUGUCCGGUUACUUAGAAGUGAAGUACCCGUUCAAAUCGAAUCUCGGAUUGAAUCCUUUUAAGUCGUGGAAGAGACAAUGGUGUAUUCUGAGGCCGAGUCCCACGUGCUCCGGAGGUUCGCUGGCAGUGUAUUGCAGCGAGGCGGGUGCUGCGGCGGGGACUGUGGAGUUGCCUGCGGGCUGUGUGGUGAGGCGGGCGAAGUCGCGAACCAGGCCAUAUGCUUUCGCCGUAUUCGCUGUGGAUGACCGCAAGCCCCGCGUUCUCCUCGCAGCACAAUCUUUGCCGGAAGCCCAGUCGUGGAUGGACAAGAUCAGAGCACUCUUGAAUGGUGACAAACAACUUGGAACGGACAUGUCACUCAAAGAUUCAUACUCGGUCACGGUGAUCCCCACGGAGUUGUCUACCAAGUGUGGGCUCAACGGGGACGGAGUACUGGCCCUGUCUUCCAAAGGGGUGGUCUUCUCAAAGGCACAGAAACAUGGCACAUUCAUAGAAUGGAAGCAUAUCACCGAUGUACAGAUGUGCUCUGAAGACAAAAAUAGAAUAUGCAUCAUCACCAUUGACGGGUCAUUCAGCCGCGGGGCGGGCGCGGUGCGGCUGCAGGCGCCGGGUGCAGACGUGGCGGCGGCGCUGCGGGCCGCGCGCGGCCCCGCCCGCGGGGCGCUCAGCCGCAGCGACGGGGACCUCAGGGCGCAACAUCAUAUAGAUGAAGUGCGGCGCACGAGUUGGUACAGCGGGCCGUCUGACGUGUCGCUAGACGAUCUAGAUCUCAUAGUGUCCAAGGAGUGGCAGCGGCUGCCCCGCGGGCCGCUGUCCCGCUGCGCCGGCGCCGGCCACCUGGCGCCGCCCCGCGUGCACCACAGCAUGUCAGACCGGCGCUCGCUGCUGUCCAUAGCAUCAGGCAUCUACGAGGAGAUCCCCGACUUGCCGCACCCCCCGGACACCUCCCACACACCUGACACUCCAGACACCCCUGACAUUCCCCACACCCCGGACACCCCAGACACCCCCAACUCCCCCCCGGCGGACACGUACUGCCAUAUGGGCGGGGACACCAUAGACGGCGUUAUGAAGCGCCCCGGCCGCCGCGAGGAGCCGACGUACGAGUGCGUGUCGGAGUGCGUGUACGCCACGGUGCGGCGCCCGCGCCGCGCGCCGCCGCCGCCGCUGCCGCCGCGGCUGCCCUUCGGAAGCAGCAAGCUGGGCAUGUGGAACUCAGUCAACUGCGACCCAGUGACGCGGCACAGCUCGCUCGGCUCGCUGCCUCGCUGCUGCAGCGUCAGCGCCCCCAACAAGAACAAGACCUUCAGCGUGUUCAGGAAAAGACUGAAGAGCGACUCCCGCAUAGCGUCGUCACCCAAAUCCGACACGUCCAAAGAGAACAAAGACGUCGAGACGAAGAAAAAGAAGUUCGACUUCACUCCCACAAGAGAUAUAUUCAAAAACUUCAAAGUCAGUCGAAAGAUGAAAAACUUGAAGAUUACUAACGGCAGCCUAAGCAAAGGCGAGACGAAGAGUUGUGAGUUUCUGGACGAAACGGAACAUGUGACCACGAACCGGUGUUCCAAGUCCGUGGAGUGUUUGGAAGAUAACAACGAAUUUCUGGACGAGUUCGACGGAGACCUGUCGAUAGAGUUCAAUGAUGACGCGGUCGCCGCUUUGGCGUUGCCUAAGGAAAUCGUGGACGUAAUCCUUCAACAACGAUCGAUUAACGAUCAAUUGACAAAGAUGUUGAAAGACAGAAUCGCGGAGAGCGAGUACAUGCCGAUGUCUCCCGUAAUACCGGCAGCGCCCAUCGAACAUCACUACAUCGUCAUGUCGCCGAAGACGAACCUCGCCUGAACACCAUGAGUAAAUACACCAGUAUUCUAAAAUGUUAACUCCAGCCAUGGUAUAAGAAAACCAACGGGCUUAGCACCGUAAGCACGCGACUCUUUCUCGCCGCGACAGAGAUCGUCUGUCUCUUUCUGUGCAGUACUGUGAGAGAGUGACGGGUGACGUAUGUCGAGGCGAGAAAGAGUCGCGCGCUUACGGUGCCAAGCCCGCAGGUAUGCUCAAAAGUGACAGCUAACAUUUCAAGGUUAGCCCAGCUGACGUCAUCCCGCCCUGGGUUGCCAUUUCGUGAAAAAUAAAUUACCCACGACCAAUGUUUUUAUAUUUACUUCGCAAGGAAGUUUUGAACUCUUAGUAAAAGAUUUACUUACAGUUUUAAUGAUUUUUAUAUAUGUGAUAAGUAAUAGUUAUUAUAUGUGAUAAAUACUUAGUAAUUCACUUAAUUCAAUAAUAAAAUUUACGUCCUUGAAAUGUAGGAGAUACCAAUUUAACGGUAACACAGUGGUAACACUUACGUCAUCAUAGGGCUAGCAAUGGCGUCUUGUCAUAGAAUUGAGCAUACCUGGGGGGUUAAAAAAUGGCCACAUCGAAGCAAUUCAUCCUAAGAAACCAAUAUUGCAAUUUGACAUUUGCGCAUAUAAAAAUAAGUGCGCAAUGCAAACAAAUGUCAAAUAGCAAUAUUGGUUUCUUAGGAUGAAUUGCUUCGAUGUGGCCAUUUUAACCCCCCAGGUCGCUUCAGGGUUGAACUACAUCCUAUGCUUCUAUCCUAUUAUCGCUCUCAGAACCGUCAUUUGCUAGAGCGCGAUAAAGAGCGGGAAUACGACCGCACUACGAUUGCCUCGUUGAUUCCGCCGCGUGAAGUCGCAUUAUCUCGCUCUAGCAAAUGACGGUUCUGAGUGUCAGAAAAGGAUAGAAGCAAUAGGAACGGUAACCCCCUGGUCUUCUUUUACCACGGUAAACAGUAUGAUAUCCUCGAGUUCAGUGAGUAAAGUCCUCAAGCUGAAGGAGUAAAUGUCCACUUAAAAUAGCAAAAUGCUCAGCUGAGGCCGAGACGUGUGAAGGAAGUUUCUAGAUAACAUCUUAGAAUACGGUUGUUAGUAUGGAGGUCUGUGAUAUGUUUGUUGCCUCGUACGAAGCAUGCAAUGAAACAAUUUCAAAUGUGACCAUAAAACAUUAAUGUUUUUAUUCAUUUAUUGACGGUAUUUUAGUAACCCAUACACAGUCCCGAACAAUGUUUUUAUCACAGCACUAAAAAGGUUACAAAGAGAAAGUUUCAAGAAUGCUGGAUUCUUGCGAUUAAAGUCUUUUAAAUAACUGGCAGCAAUUUGUAAGUCGAAAGAAAUAGCUAUAUUUAUGGCGGAUUUUUGUGUAGUAAUUACAAAUUUCUAAUAGCCAUUUACUAUGUACGCGUGUUCCACACUAAACCACGUGAUCGCUUAACCAUCGGAUGAGAUUCAAACAAGCGGCUUUAGGGUUGAACUAUACCCUGCGCCAUACCUCGCUGCAGACUCGACCAUAAAACGUGGGAGCAGUGCCGCGAGAGCUUCGCUCCCUUUCGCACUCACGGGCCUUAUGGAGUGACGUAGACGGCGCGUAGUGUUGUGUAUUAUUGCUGUCGAUGAGCGUUAUCGAUAGUGUAUUUUUAUUUUUACAUCCUAUGCUUCUAUCCUAUUCUCUCACUUAGAACCGUAAUUUGCUAGAGUGAGAUAAAGAGCGGGAAUGCGACGCAUUAUCUCGCUCUAACAAAUGACGGUUCUGAGUGUCAGAAAAGGAUAGAAGCAUAGGAAAGUUAAGAAGAUGCAGUUCAACCCUUACACGUCAGGAUUUUUGAUCUCUGAUGACUCUGAUACCGGAGGCUGAUUCCACUAUUGAAAGGCGUUCACGCAAUACUCGUAUUCGAACAAAUGAACGCAUUUCGAUAGUAGGAUCAGCAUCCGGAAUGACAGCGUUAAAUAGCUAUCGCUUUAGCUUCCAUGUUGCGCCAAAACCAAACUAACGUCCCUAUUUUAAAGUUAACGUUCCCCCUUUUAAAAUAUACGUAAAAUCGAUAUAUUUUUGAUAAACUUUUUGCGUUAGAGCAUGAACCAUGACUUGAGAAUAUUAAAUUAAGUAAAUUUAAACAAUAUGGUGAUUUUUGCCUGCCUGUUGAAAAAAUUUUGUUGACUUUAAAGUUAGGGAUGGAGUUUUAUCAUAAUCAUAGUCUUUUUAAGUAAACGUAACUUAUACUGGACUUUCUCAUACAAAUGACAAUGAUUUCUUAUGCAUUUUAAUGAGAUGGAAACCAAACAAAAUUGAAAACUUGCAGCCAAAGGACAAGUUUCCAAACCAGAAAUUGUUAAUUCUCGUUUUAAACUAAACGACCUUGGAUACAAACAUUGGGCCAUAUUUUUGAUCUUGCUAGAAAAAGAUAAAUGUCUAGUCACAUUCAAAAUUAAAAGACUGUACUUUAUUUGAGUACUAAUAAUUCGACUGAUUCGAGACUGACAUUAAGGCUCUCUGUAAGGAUACUUUUAUAUUCUAUUUCAAAAGAAGUCAUGACAACACUUCAGCAGAAGACAAGUGCAUUGAAAUAAUCGGGUAAAAUAAAAUUCCGCCUUUCGUAACUUUAUAAUAAUAAUUUUAAGACAAAUAAAACACAAAAUACCCAAAACAUUUUGAGACACUUUAAAAUGUACCUUUUGGAAUGGAAUAUAAAAAUAUUAUUAAAAAAAAAAGACUCAAACGCUUGUAAAUAAUUAAUGUAGUGUCCAAUUAUAGGUAAAACACAUUAGCAGGAACGUUUUUCUAGAUUUACUUAAGACUUUAAGGUAAAAACGUAAUAAAGUGUAAUGUCUUUUGGAUGUAGCAGAGUGUAAGCCGAAUGAACUGUAUUUUAAUGGACGAUGUAACCCGAAGAUGAUACAGAGCCACAAUGUAAAAUAAGUCUAGUGGAUAAGACAAUUGAGCUUUCAUUCGUGGCGUGUUGUUUCAUACAAGUAGUAUGUUUGAAUAUCUUAAGUAUAUUAUCAACGAUUUUAUUAACCAUUUCAUAGGAUUAAUCCGUUUCUUUGACACUGGACGGGCUUAACGAAUUUACUUUUUCUUUUUAAUAGAAGCAUAAAUUAAUAUUAAGCUUACCGCGAAAUAUGUCAAAGUAGGUGUCCCUCGCGGUGUGUGAUUAGUCGAUGUAGCCAAAUUGUAUGUUAAGGGUGGGGUUUCAUUCCAAACUAGUUGGGAGCUGAUAUCAUGUGGAUCUCUGGAUGUGCGUAGUUUAGAUAAAUUUGACGGCCUAAGGUCUAAAACUUAGCCAAAACCUGCCUAAAGGCAAAAAAUUUUUUGAGUAUUUGAAGUACUUCAAAUGUUACCAUAGACAAAUAUUAUUGAAGUUAGUCACUAGAUGGCGCCAUUGAGACGUGUACCGUAAAGUAUUAAACACUGCAGAUCCACAUAAUUAGCCUAAAGUGUUUGUAGAUAAAUCUAGGGAAGUGAUAGUAUGUUUUGUAUAUGUUGAAUGCUAAUGUCACUGCCAAAAAUAUAGUGAUAAGGGCGGGUUAAAAAGGCCGCAUAGAAGCAAUUAUUCUAAAAAUCAAUAUUGCAACUUGAAAUCAAGCAUUUAGAAGUAAGUGCGCUAUGUCAAGAAAGGAGGCUGGUCACGGCCCAUACAAAAUUAACCCAGGCCCGGCGCGAAUGAAACUUAUCUCAUAAUAUUCGUAAAAUUAGGUAAAGUAAAUCUAAAAUGUCCGGAUCGCUGAAAUAUUUGGCGAACAUACUGAAUUUGCCUAGAGUUUUUGUAAAGGCGCAACAUUUUAUUUUUAGUUUAUUUUUAUGUUUAUUUAUUUAUUUUUUUAGUUUUUCGUUUAUUUUUAUGUUUAUUUAUUUUUUUAUUGAACAAACAUUAAAAUCCAUUAUAACCAGUUAAAACACAUAGAAAUAAUUUAUUAAGUUAUUUACAGGUCACACUCCAGGGGAUUUUUUUUUAGAUUUAAUUUACCUAAUUUUACGAACAUUAUGAGAUCAAAUCAAAUAUACUUUAUUGCAUAAUGAGAUAAGUUUCUUUCGCGCCGGGUCUAGGACAGAAAUGACCAGUCUCCUUUCAAAAAGAAGUAUUGCUUUUUAGAUUAAUUUCUUUAACGUGACCUUUUAAUCUCCAAGGUAUAGGACGACAAGGAUGUUGUGGCGCGUGGAUGACAGGGGGGCGCGAGUGUGCACCAUCUUCAGACCAUGGUAUAAUAAGACCAAGUAUGCUCAAAAGUGACAGCUAACAUUUCAAGGUUAGCCGCGCUGACGUCAUAUCAGCCUUCGUUGCCAUUUUAUAAAAAAUAAAUUAGAUACCCACGAUACAAAAACCGAUCGUCGUGGAGAUCCUUGCGGGAGGCCUAUGCCCAGCAGUGGGCGUCGUACGGCUGAUGAUGAUGAUACAAAAACCUAUUUAAUUUACUACGCAAGGCAAUUUUGAACUUUUAUUAAAAUAUACAGUUUUAAUUAUUUAUACAUAUGUGUCAAGUAAUUAGGUACCUAAGGGUGGUAUUAAUAAACGAAUCUCAGCUAAAACUGCCCUCAAGAUCAUUUAUCAUGCUCAAGUCCCUGUUUUUAUAUGACAACUGUCACAUUGACAUGAUCUUGAGGGCAGUCUCGAAGCUGAGAUUAGUUCAUUAAUACCACCCUUAGUCAGUAAUUCACUUAGGGCGGUAUUAAUAAACUAACUUCAGCUUCGAGACUGCUCUCAAGAUCGUGUCAAUGUGACAGUUCUCAUAUAAAAACAGGCACUUGAGCUUGGUCCUGAGGGCAGUCUCAGCUGAGAUUAGUUUAUUAAUACCACCCUUAAUUUUCAAUAAUAAAAUUUGAGUCCUUGGAAUAUUGGAGAUACCAAUUUAAGGGUAACACUUACGUCAUCAAACGGCUAGCAAUGGCGGCUUUUCAUAUGAUUGAGCAUACCUGGUUUUAUUAUACCCUGCUCUAUACAUUGUCCAUUUUAAACUGUCAAAAGUUACGUUUUCAUAGAAUAUUAGUACCUACCGACGUACAUGGACCAAAUUGGGGACGGCGAUAGAAAAGGUGAGCAUGAAUUAAGUCUUUGAUGAGAGUGGAGGUAGCGAAAGUAAUGUGUCAGGAUUGUAGUAAGUGGAAUUCCGUGGUGUCUGCCUACCCCCAACGGAGCAUAGGCGUGAUCUUAUGUAUGUAUGUAUGUUAGAAAAGGUUUAGUCGUCAUCAGCCCAUUAACGUCCCCACUGCUGGGGCACGGGCCUUCCCUAUGGAUGGAUAGGGAGAUCGGGCCUUAAACCAUCACGCGGGCCCAGUGCGGAUUGAUGGUUAUUAACGACUGCUAAUGCAGCCGGGACCAACGGCUUAACGUGCCUUCCGAAGCACGGAGGAGUUCAAGAUAUUUUUUUUGUGGUCACCCAUCCUAUGACCGGCCUUCGCGAAAAUUACUUAACUUCAACAAUCGCAGACCGAGCGCGUUUACCGCUGCGCCACCGAUCUCCUCAAGGUUUAGUGCUAUUCUGAAAACGUUUGAUGAAUGUGAAGGAUGCAAGAGAAGUGUGUCAUGAUCGAAGCAAAUGGAAUUCUAUAGUCUCUGCUUACCCCGGUGGGAAUUAGGUGCAACUAUGUAUGUGUUAAUUCUGAUUGUGGCCACGAUCCUUGACGCUCUAUAAGAGAUAUAACAAGCGAUAUAGAUAAGACUGAGGGACAAGACUCAAUUUUGGAAAGGUUUAGCAAGGUGUAGAACAGUAUUAGUUAAUUAGUUAUUUGAUCGGCUGAGCAUAUGUGUAAAUAUGUGGCGUUUGAGCAAUUAAUUCAUAGUUGUAUUGUAACUGAUAAUGUAUGUAUUUGUAAUGCAUUAUUACUUUGCUGCUACGAAACAUAAUGAUUGUAACGCGGCAAAUGUUUAUACAGGGUGUUAGUGACAUCGUAACGAAAACUUGUUUAUAAUAUUAUAUAUUAUACUUAAGGAUGAUUCAGACCAUGUUUCUGAGUUGAUGUCAAAUUUUCCAACAUCGUAACAAAUACUGAGAGGGGUGAUUCAGCUGAUUAUUCUGAGUUAGUAUGAAGUUGAAUUUUCCGUCGCAAAAGUAUAUAAUUCAAAAUAAUUUAAAAAAACGAAAAAAAUAUCGUGUAUUUUGUGACAGCAAAUUGCACUUGAUAUUAACUCAGAAUCAUGGUCUGAAUCAUUCCCCUCAGUAUUCGUUACGAUGUAGCUAACACCAUGUAUGUACACAAAACGUACAGAUAGUAAAAGAAAAACCGGCGUAUUAUUUAUUAUUAACCUCUUGGGGGUUCAAAGGGCCACAUCAUCAAAGCAAUUCAUCUAAAAAAGUAAUAUUGCUUUUUGACAUUUAUUGGCAAUACGAACUUAAGUUUUAUAUGCGCAAAUGUCACAUUGCAACAUUGCUUUAUAGAUGAAUUGCUUCGAUGUCGCGUUUUUCACCCCUCUGUUUCUAUCAAGGAUAAUUGUGUUAAUUAUUCUAAUCAACAUUGCUCGAGAAUCUGACCAUAACGAUGGGAACUUAUCCCUACUACGAGAGCAUAAAAUAGCCUAUACAUCCCACUGAUGGGCCUCCCCGCAAUCAACCGGAGGGGGAUGUAAUGGUGUAAAAAUUGAAAAAAGGAUCACUUAAGUAGUAUGGCUAUGUUCUAUAAUUCCCAUUGGUCGAUGCGACACACGCAAGCUAACCGUCUAGCCCCUAGUUUAGUUUUACAUACGAAGUCUGGCUGGAUUUUAAAAUAUUCUUAAUUUAAUUUUAAAGUAGGUAAGCUUUAUUAUCUGUACGUUUUAUGUCCUGCAAAAAUGUCAAACCGUUUUAUUUUUAAAAUGGCAGCUUUAUUCUUGUAUACGGCUUAAUUUGCGCUACUGUGUUGUGAUAUUUGAAAGUAAUAACUUGUUAUAGUCUUAACUGAUCGGGGGGUGGAUAAGGUCACAUUUGACAGAAAAAUACACAUUUAACUUUCACUGUAAAAACUAAAAAGUUAACUUCUACAGAUAAUAGGCUAUGAUAAUUGACUGUUUUUUUAUUGCGUCAGUUUACUCACCCCACUUACUAUACGGUCACGAGCAUUAAUAUGUAUACGCUUAGGCACCAUGUCACAUUAACUUUUUUGACAAAUUUAACUGUAAGUCUCACUAAAUGUCAAAUAUGUUAGUGCGACAGAGUCCUACAGUGGGUACAUUAUAUUGUUCAUGACUGUACACCUCUGCGCAGCCCUUCGGAGAUACAACCGUGAUGCUAUUUUAUUUGAUCUACACACGAGAACAUGUUGAAGCUAGAUCUAAAAUUCGUUUUUCAAUAUCUUUUCUAACACCAGAGAUAUUUAUGGUUAAAGUUAUGGUAGGGGAAUGCUCCAUCCCGUUCUAGCAAAACGGAUUUUGUAUGUAACUUGUAUAGCACUAGCAACAUGUGACGUCACGAGUUCCUAAUGCCAUUUCUUUCCAACUUCUAGAUUUCGGAUGGAUCUUUCCAACGAAUUUCGAAUCUUUUUCACAUUUGACUAUCAAUUUAUAACUAUCUUAGAACGAUAAUGCGAACGCCUCAUUUUCGAUAUUCAUUAACUACCCCAGGGGUUCCCAUUCUUUUUCCAUCUGCGGCGCAGUUACAAGUUUAGUAUUGUAACGGCGCCCUGCCCUAGUUAAGUUGUUAGGUUAGGUUACUUCGAGGGAGAUAGGAAAACGCGCGCGACGAUGGUAGAUUACCACCGUCGUUGUAAAUUUGAAAUCACGGUCGAAAAAGAGUGACACGACGCUAUAUUAUUUACCGAUGCGAACGCUCAAAUAGGUACCCGCGAAUAUUUGUGGUUUCGGAUAAUGAUAGAACUCACUUCGCCCCUCUUUACUUUCUACGACACACCAGCGGGCCUAGCACCGUAAGCACGCGACUCUUUCUCGUCGCGACAGAGAUCGUCUGUCUCUUUCUCUGCAGUACUGUGAGAAAGUGACGGGUGACGUAUGUCGAGGCGAGAAAGAGUCGCGCGCUUACGGUGCUAAGCCCGCAGAGCGCCGCGGCGCACACUUUGGGAACCCCUAAACUACUUAGUCCCAUAUAUUCUCACGUGCCUAUAUUUUACUUUAUACUAUGAAAGGGCUUAUUACACUUAUUGCAUCAGGCGUAAAAUGUAUGACGAAAUCGCAGCCCUGGCGGUGGCCAGCGCCACGACUAAUCGGUGGAUUAGCUAUUACACUCCCCGAUCCUGAAGCAUUGGGCCUUAUUGGGUAGUGUAAUAAGGCCUUAUGGCAUGAAUUAUGGUCCAAGGUCAGACAUGACAUAUGCCGGGUCUGCAUGACAACCGCGCGGCGUUAAUUUUAUCGAGCGCUUGGACCAAUAAACGAUACGAAUACUAUCUACGUAGAUGGACGUCAAACGACUAGUCGAAGCGCUCAAUAUAAUUCGCACCGCGCGCGGCGCGGUUGUCAUGCAGACCCGGCAGAUGUAUGUAAAGCCGUGGGACUUUCUUAACGAGGUUUUGAAUGUAAAAAAUACUUGCGAAUGUCAAAUGUGACCUAAAUGGUGUCCCGACUGCAUAAUUAUUAUAUUCUAUUUGUAAUGAGCUUGACGGCUUUUGUUGAUUUUUGUCGACUUCUAUCGAGUGUUUGGACGAAUAUUACGUCGAAUGUUUGUGUGUUUAGUCAACAGUAUUUACUGAUCUUCUAACGGAUAAAUAGCUUAAACGAGUAGCUUUUGCACGUGGGUUUUCCUGUUUACGAUAAGAUUUUUGUGCGUUAUGUUAUGAUAUGGCUGUGGUGUUUCGAAAAUACAUUAUGAAAGUACAUAUUACCUGAUUUAUACUAUCGCCAUUUGUCAUUUUUAUGUUAACACGUUCACUGUGUAUGAACCACAUAUGAGGCAAUGAAUUUGAAACUUAUAAGUGCGUGCCCCACAUAUGGGGCACAUUUUUUCUUGCCAUAGUGUGUCUAUGUACAUAAAUUCCAAUAUGUUUAUCUAAAAAUAAUAUUGCACAUGAGGGGUUGAUGUCCAAUUUUCAUUUACACAGUGAACGUGUUAAAAUCUAGAAAUAGAAGCCAGGCUAAGGUAGUUAAAAGUCAAUCUCAUUUCUUUUCCUGGUUUAUUUUCGAUUUUUUUUUUAUUUAAGUAACAAUGAGCACGAUUGUUGACCGCUUUUAUUCAUUAUCUUCUAUUAUCAAAGUUUCGUUUUGACAUUUCCUAAAAAUUGUAUGAUUAAGGAAAAUAUCUAUUCAACAAAAUAAUCUCACUAAAAACAAGUGAUCUGAAGGGGUUAAAUGGCCACAUCGAAGCAAUUCAUCUAUAAAAGCAAUAUUGCAAUUUGACAUUGCGCAUAUUUUAAAAGUGCGCAAAGCAAACAAAUGUCAAAUAGCAAUUUUGGUUUUUUAGAUGAAUUUCUCCGAUGUGGUCGUUUUAAGCCCCUGUUUGAUUUUAACAAAAUCUCAUCGUAACGUGGAGAACCUUUCAUCGGAAAAUUGCAUUUACUCUAUGACCAAAUUAUUAUCUAGCUUAGUAUAUAGUACUUAAUAUUCCUAAUAAUUAAGCUUCUGAGCUACCCGUAUGUGAUUUUUAAUGAUUUUAAUGUGUGCUGUCUAAAUCAUGUAAAGUUAAAAAGUUUUCAAAGUGUACAUUUUGCUUUUGAAUUAUGAGUAAAAACUAUAUAUUUUUUUAAAUUAAAUUACCCCUUCUUUAUUUUUUUUUAUCCACUUUUAUCGCAAUUUAAUUAUUUUCUGUUGGUAUGUUCAAAACAGCUCUUAAAAUUACAUGAUUUAGAUUACACAAAAACUUGUAGGUCUUGUUUAGCUUUAUGUCGGCUGAUUUUGAUAAUUAAUCACAACUUUGUUACCAUUUACCAUUAUCUAUGAACUACGUAUGGUUGGCAACACUGAGUUGUAUUAAUUAUUAUUACAAUUUAUUUAUUCACGGCAUAAUUUAAUUAUUCUCUUGGAAAACUAAUAAAAUCAUGCAAAUGUUGCCAAUAAAAUACCUAAUUUGAUAAUUGUUGCCAACUGUAUUCAGUUUUACUUUUUUUUUGUCGACCAAUAAAUAAUAAACUUUAAAAUUAUUUCUUGUUGAAGUAAACGACUUUAAGAUUAGGCAGCUAGUGUCUGUGGACCAAAUCGUUAUUUUUACUUGUAUUUUUGUUUCAUUAGUUUAUUUAUUGUAGACGUAGUGUUAACAGGAGCGUUCGCAUCGGUGACUUGACCGGGUGGCUAUUUCUAGUCAGGCGCGAAUAUCUGUGUUUCCAUACCAAAAUUAAUAUUGGCGUAAAGGUAAUUUUACCUUUCGGCUGUCAUAUCGUGUAUUGUAAUGGUAUCAUAGCAUGUAUGAGAACUAACACGAGAAGUUCAGUAGUCCCUGGUUUGUAAAGUAACAAAACAAAAAACGUAUUUUGUUUGUUGCUAUUUGGUUUAGUAUUAUAUGAUGCGACAGUUCCUUUAUACAUCUCUUCGUAGCGUUAUCCAAAUAAAGUUUGUAUGUGUA